AUGUUCAACGUUUAAUUAAUUAUUUCGUUUUCAAUGAUGGAAGUAUUAAAAAGUUAUCAUGAUUCUUUUGAUUUAUUACCGGAUGAAAUGGUUGUGUACACUUUAAGUUUUAUCGAUGCAGAUACCCUUUUGGAUUGCAGACUUGUGUGCAAAAGAUGGCAAGAACUUAUAGAUGCGUAUGUAUUUCAAGAAAAAGCUUCACGAGAAAAUAAGUUUGUGAAUAAUGGUAAAGGAUACUAUAGUUUCUCCAAAAUUGAUUCAAAUAAUAUCAGAAAAUUAGAAUUGCCAUGGUACGUGUUUCAUGUCAUUUGCAAGUAUGAUCCAUUUAAUAGAAAUUUAGUGAAAAACCAUUGUGGACAAAAUGCAUUUAUGCAUUGGAGUAUAACUAACGAUCAUAAUUGGUGGACUAUUGAAGAAAAUCCACAAGGUGCUCCUUUAUUACCUGAUGAUCCUGAUUUUGAUGGCCAUACAAGUUGUUUUGUAUCAACAUAUCGAUUAUGUUCAAAGAGGCAAAAAAUCAUAUUCAAAAAUUAUGGUUUAAAUGAUAUUAUGAUGAAAACUCUUCAACCUGAAAUUUUAGUUAGUGAAUGGUAUACUGGUCGUUUUGAUUGUGGCUGCAAAUAUGCAUUAAGGGCAACAGUGCAUGAUGGAAAUGAUAAACUAAUAGAACAACACAAUUAUAGUGAUGUUUUACCUCAGUGGGAGGCUAAUAUUUGGACAAAAGCUUCACAUUCAUUUAAAAAUCAGAGUAAUGCAUCUUACUUAAUUCUGUAUCAUUCUGGAGUAGACACACAAUAUUGGGCUGGUCACUAUGGUACUAAAAUAUCUGGCUCUGUAGUAAAAGUUUUGUUACCUAUAAAAUUUAAAUGUGCUAAUUCUUAAAAACAUAUUUAAAAAAAAUAUGUUGGUAUAAUGUCAUAA